AUGAAGUCAACAUUUGUUUCUAUAGUUGAUUUCCCCGAUGAACUUUUAGAGAAAAUUGUUAACUCAUUGAAUCAAAAAGAUCUUAUACAAUUAGCAUUGACCCACCCACGUUUUUCCAAAAUUUGUCAAGACUCAUUAUUACGGCGUAUAUACAUUUACAAUGAUGAUAAGUAUUUCAAAUUCACCAAAAAGGCAACCUACAUUCAAGAAUGCAUGCACAUGACCAUAGUAGGAUUAUCCAAUUUCCUCAAAUUAUUGACAUCACCAAAUUUCCAACCAUCUUUGAUUAAAGAGAUUAUUAUCGCCAACGAUGAUAAUGCAUACCUCCAAUAUUUUGAGUUGAUGGAAAGACAACAAUUACCAGUCAAAUACGAUCGAAUAAAAGAUAUCGACAUUCGAAAUUGGUUAGGAGACAACAAAUUAAGCCGGAAAACUAAAUUGGCAAUAGAAUUAGCAGAAUUGAAAAGGAGAUCACAAUUUGUUGCCACGAUCAAUCAGAAUAAAACAAAUUAUUAUGAUUCUAAUGAUCAAUUCAUUGUAAUUAUCGCGAUCAUUUUUAUCUUUGUGGGUGUUUUGUUUUUUAUUGCCUUGUGGGGUAAUAAAUGGGAUCUUCAAAUGGUGAAUUCACUCUUGAAUGGUUCAAAUCCCUUUGGAAUACUGAAAAUUGAUAAUACAAAGAAGCUAUUUACUAGUCUACUUUGGGAUUCAUGA